UCGAGGAUUUAGUGCUGCUAUAACGGACUGAUGCAGAAGGUGGCAGCAAAGCACCAGUAAUGAUGCCGGCUGCCGUUUAACACCAGAGAAGAAGAAGACGACCUCGUAACCAUAGACAUUCUCGUAACAUCGUUGAUAACGAGGAGCGCGCACGAUUAUAACAAAUAGAAACAUACUGAGAUAAAUAUGACUGUUUAUUGAUCAGCGUUUGAAAUAUAUCGAGGACCAUCUUCACCCGCGUCAGGUCGUGAUGAGUGUCCCCUGCAUCCUGUCACCCAUGACCCGGAGCCACUGCCUCUGUGCUGCUGCUGGUCCUCUCUGCAGCCGCCUGCUGGGUGAUACAGCCUUCACAAGGAAAGCAAUGGACCAUCUAGAAAAGACAGCCAAUAACUACAGACAAAAUGCACUGUAUCCAGCUCAAGUGUGUGGAAUUAUGAAUGAAUCAGAGAGCGUCAAACGCCUGAGAAUAGCCGUCCAUCCGGACUUCAGCUUCAAAGCUGGACAGUGGGUAGAUUUCUUCAUCCCUGGUGUGGAGAAAGUGGGAGGGUUCUCGAUGUGCUCCAGUCCGGGUUUGCUGCAGAGGGAAGGUAUCAUUGAACUGGCUGUGAAGUACUCCACAUAUCCCCCAGCACACUGGAUCCACACCACGCAGUGUACGGUGGGUUCGCAUGUCGCAAUGCGUGUUGGCGGCGACUUCUUCUUCGACCCGUCACCGUCUGACCCAUCGGUGGAUUUGCUGCUGGUAGCCGGCGGCGUGGGGAUCAACCCGUUAUACUCAAUUCUGUUGCACACAGCGGACCUGCUGGACCUUAACCACGCCUCUGCCAGGCUGGACUACAAGAUAGGCUCCACCCACCUGUUCUACAGUGCCAAGAACACCCAGGAACUGCUCUUUAAGACUUCCAUCAUGGAAAUGUGUCGGAAAUUCCCUGGCAGGUUUUCAUGUAACGUCCACGUUACUCAGCAGACCUCAGCUGUCGACCCGCACCUCCAGCCAUCGGUCAACCGUGGCAGGAUCACAGAAGCAGAGUUGAGUGCUCGUGUGGACCCACAAAGGACUUUGUGUUACCUGUGUGGACCUCCCCCAUGAUCGAAGCGGUUUCCAAA